AUGUGUGAAGCUCUAGCAGAACGACUUUUAGACUUACACUGUCGCCUUUUAUCCCUCUACAUUCUUCAAGAUGCAGAUUGUCUGGACUGGGAAAACGAAAAACCGUUUUUUGAAUCCGAAAGAGGUUCGUACAUAAUCCAAAUGUGGUGGCUGUACAUGCAAGGUAUAAAAGAAGACCUUUGGAACACGGUACCACCGAAAAUGGCACAAAGGGUUUUCUCUGGCAUGCUAAAUGAGUCUUUGACGAUUUUAACUGUACGAUAUACACAGAGUUUACCUUCAGAAGCAAGGAGUAACUUAUUGUUGGUGGAUAUAAGCAAUUUGCUUUUGUGCGUAGCCCAAUUGUUGCCAGCAACUUGUGAUUCUGCUGACGAAUACGUCAAUGUUCGGAGUACUGGUAAAAAUAAAAUCUUAAGGGAUAUUCACGUGAAAUGUCAGGAGUUGUAUUUGUGCUUUUUAUUUAGAGGAGCGACUCUUGAUUCUUUGAAUAAGGUAUUCAAAAAAGGCCUUGAAAAUAAUGAGCUAUUCAAACCUAAAUCCAGUGGGCCUGCUGCAUGGAUUACAUUUUCUUUACCGAAUAUUUUCAAAAACUCAGUUACCAGAAUUACCCAGUUGGAUCAACAAAAAUCCUUGGCGAUUGAAUUAAUGGUUCUACUAGCACAACCACAACCAAAUUGGGCUUUACUUUUAAAGGUCCUUUGUGGUAAAAAAUUCAAAAUUCUCCAACUACUUCUGCAAGAGUUUAUGGAAAAAUCCAAUGUAGAACUAAAAAGGCCCAACCCAAAAUCUGUAGACUGUGGCAAUCUUUUAUGCGCAGGCGAUGGUAGUUGUAAGGAUGUAGAUACUUCCUUGCAAACUUUCAGCCCUGCACAUUAUCACGAUCUGAUUAUGGCUGCCACUGAAGUUAUCCUUUACAUAGGCAAUGAUGAAGAAAUAAAGGAGUUUUUAGUUGAAGUUGUGAUGAAAUAUCCUGGAUGGUCCAAAUCUUUUGAAAGAACAAAUUUAUGGAAUCAAAUUCGAUUUCCUUGGUACGAAGCUAUCGUUAACGUAGCCUCACCAAUACUACCACUCAUAGGAGAAACAGUUAUUAACGCACUACAAACUGGUGCAACCAUGUAUCAAACAAUGUCACUGAUUAUAGCUUGCCUGAGUCAGUUUUGGGACAUGUUGGAUUCAGCUUUAUUGCGCAUAGCGACAUUAUUCCAAGAUGGAAUUCCUUCUGAUGUUCGUCCAGUAAGCGAUUCGGUUUUAAUGCACAUUCUUGUCAGUGCUUUGUAUUCGCACCUGAUAAGCAUGUCUGAAAAUGUUUCAACAAAAAAAGAAGUGACUUUUAGUACGAAAAAGAUUGAAGAGAGUCCUGCAAGUGAUUCAGCUCAUACUAUUGGCUGGGCUGCUUUGGCCGCUGCAGAAUCUUUAUGCAGUAUUGAUGAAGAUCAUAAACACACUGAUCAAAUUACUGAAUUUUUAAAUGAAGUUCAAGAGAGUAAAAACGACUUUUCAUUUUAUACUGAUUCGGGUUCGAAUAGAUUAGAAAAUAAUCAGCAAAUGAUUGAAAUACUUGUCAGCGAUUUGCUGGCAAGUACUCAAGGGAAAAAAGGUUUGAAGACUUUAUUCCACUUUAUUAAAAACAACAGCGAAUGGUUGUACUUGAAACUCGGUGUGAGUGAAAAACAAGAAUCUUUCGUGCCUAAUAAAGUUCAAUGUCCACCAGAGCCUUUAUUGCACAAAAUGUUUCAUAUCGGAUAUCGGCCAUUUGAUCAGUUACUUUCUGAGCAACUCAAACCAAAUUGGCUGAACCUUUUACAAACCUCGAUGGGAGUUACUUCGGAAAAGGUCUGGAUGCAAUUGAGGUGCCGCUGGGAGUUUCGCACUCCAGAAUGUUCGACAUUGACGUCGCAUGAAGUGGAUAUUGUUAAUCAACUGUGUUUAAUGUUAAAAUAGUUAAAAAUUGGACUUAAAAGUAGAUAGACCUCAAAAAACCAUUUUUUCGAAUAUCAUUUCAAGAGUAAAAAUUUCUGGAAAAAUUGCAUUUCCUCUUAAAAAAAACCUGGGACACUAAACAAAACUUCUGGAUUGAAUUUUUCCUAAAUGUUAUAAGGAAAAAAGGACUUGGGCAAAAAAAAUCCAGAAUCUCAACAAUCCAUAGAGACUCAGCAAAAAAAUUAGUUAAGGAUUAAGUCCACUUUUAGUUUAUGGCAACCUUACUUGCGUUUUUGGAUAUCGAGGGCGUAGACAAGGACAGAAAUUCUCCAUUUGUGGAGAUCUACUUGGAGCUCUAUAGAUUUCUACGGAUAUCUUUGUAUCUCCUAGAGAGAUUUUUUUUUUUUUUAACGCUGUGUCUAGAAUCCCGGUACCGGUAACACAUUUUUUACCGGUAGUUUUGAUGACGUCAUCGAUAUGACGCACUUGUACCGGGAUUUAAAUGAAUCCCGGUGUUUUGAUUUUGUUUUUAUCGUUAUUUAUCAGCUGAUUGGUAUUUUAGGUUAGUUUAUUAAUGUUUUCGUCACUUUUUUGAAACAUUUCAAAAUAUAAAAGUUACGUUUAAGUUCGAAAUACUUUAUAUAAAUGAUUUGCGUUCGGAAAUGUCGAACAACUCAUCCCAGAUUAAAACUAAUCUGCAAUAAGAUGAUAGUAAACUAGGGUUGUUGUUUCCGAAAACCCCUGAGAAUUUAAACAAAUUUAAAAUGAUGUCACUUUAUAUAGCAGUUUAUAAUCAAAUUUAAUAUUUAUUAAUUUACUUUAAGCCAAUAUGUAACUAUACUGUUUUAGGAUGUAAAUUAAAAUAAAUAUUAAAUAUCUCUCAGCAGCAGCGUUUUUUUAAUGGUAGAUAAAGUGGACUUUCAAGUUAGAAACAACUUGCAAAGUCCACUUA